GAGGAGAUGGAAAACAAAGCCAUGUAUCUGAGCACAAAUGACGAGAGAGAGAGCACCUCCAUGUAUGAAGAAGCCUACGACGGACGGAACCUGUCCAAGCUCAACCUGUGCGAUGAAGUGUCUGGAAUGCGUCGCAGGAAGCAGGACCAGUGCUGCAGCCACCUGAACUCCCUCUCAGCUAUCAAAUACGCCAUCGUUUCCCUCUACAUCCUGGUUUUUCUCACCAUCUUUGGCCUCUGCCUGGCAGGGGAUCCGCGAAUCGACCCUGAGAACAAAUCGCUAACUCUCUCUUCCUUUCUCCUAGUCUCUCGCUCCCAGGUGUCCUCCCAGCGGCAGGAGGUGCUGAUGGAGAACGUCACUCAGAUGUCGGAGAGCUCUCGGCAGCUCCAGCAGACCCUGGCUAAGGCCUCCGCCCCGGCCGACCUGCUGGAGAACAUCUGGAAGCUGGAAAACGUCUUCCAGAACCACAGCGACUGGCUGCAGAGGCUGGAGAUCCUCCUCAAGGGCCUGGAGGUGGAGCUGAGGAGCAUGCAGGCUCACUCCCUGCAGUCGGAGGGCUACCUGGUGCAGCUGGACGACAGGUUGUCCUCGCUGAGCAACUCCGCCGGCAGGAACCUGACCAGCUUGAGCUCCGAGGUGACCAGAACCUCCCGAUGGCUCCGCGACCACGACGCCCUGCUCAGGGAAACGUCGGGGCAGGUGAACGGCCUGAGGGAGAAACUGGACGAGGUGAACUGGACCGUGGGUGCCGUCAAUCACACCUUCAGCAACGACAUCAGUAUCCAUCAUUUCAAGAUACAAGACCUACAGAUCCAGAUCAGCAACAUUACAGAGGACACCAGCACUUUGUGGGUGACACACGUCCACACCGAGGCCCAGCUGAGGAACGAGAUGGAGAUCCUGAACACGAUCACAGAGGACCUCCGCCUGAAAGACUGGGAGCACUCCAUGGCCCUGAAGAACCUCACAAUAUUUGAAGGACCUCCAGGGCCGAAGGGAGAGAAGGGUGACACUGGAAAACUGGGGCCACCGGGGGCCCCCGGAUUGACCGGCUUUAGAGGACUAACCGGAGAAAAGGGAAUGCCAGGCCCCCGCGGAAUGAAAGGAUCUGUCGGGGUUGAUGGGAUUCGGGGAGAAAAAGGAGACAGCGGACCUGUCGGGCCUAAAGGUGACCGAGGAGAGCGAGGCUUCAAGGGGGAGAAAGGUGACCGAGGAGACAGACCAGUUGAGGAGACUCUGGUGCGGUUGGUGAAUGGGUCCGGUCCUCACGAAGGCCGCGUGGAGGUUUUCCACGAGCGCCGCUGGGGGACGGUGUGCGACGACGUCUGGGACAAGAAGGACGGAGACGUGGUCUGCAGGAUGCUGGGAUACAGAGGAGCCACCGAGGUCCACAAGACGGGACGCUUCGGGCACGGUACGGGUCUCAUCUGGAUGGAUGACGUCGCUUGCGCGGGGACUGAAGACACGAUCCACCAGUGUAAGUUUUCUGGGUGGGGUAAAACCAACUGUGGCCACGUGGAGGACGCCGGUGUUACGUGCGCCGUCUGAACUUCAGGACGCUGCUCAGACAUCCUCGAACAAAGCCUUAGACUUCUUUGAGACGCUCAAAUGUCGGCCGUUUUCUGCCCGGAGUUCCGCGUAAGCAGUAUGUUGCUCAUUUCCAGUAAAAAGAAAAGAAGAAAAGCCGACUAACCAGACCUAACAGAGCCUCGCGUUGACUGGAUCUGACUAGCUUGUCUCUUUCAUUAACUGCACAGUUUGAGCAGGGAUCACAUGGCGAGGAGCAUUCGCCACGCUCACCUGCCUCCAACGGGGAGCCGACUUUAAAAGGAACGGGAUGAAGCUGCUCAUCUCAGGUUAGCUGGGCCUGUUUUGACCUCAGAGUCAGGAAGGAGUCUUUGAUCAGACAACAUCACCCUCACGGAGCAUCGUUUCUACGUGCCGAGCGCUCAAAGGCAACCAGAAGACCGUGUCACUGAUGAACUGACUUUCAUUUACGGGCAGCUGCUCCACAGUAUUAUAUGUAUGAAGAGCUUUCGCUCAGUAAACCACAGUGAUGCCUUAUAUCGUUUUUAUACAGCGUUGCCUGGAAGUGAAGCAUUUGGUGAUUUGCAGAUGCCGCAAAGUCUGAAAUGCUUUAGUUUUUCAAACUAAAUGAAAAGUAGCCUGUUUUCUCUCAAACAAACUGAUAUACUUUGUAGAUGUUUUAACUCAUGGAAACUUCUUUUUUGCCUUUAUCCCAAGGUUUUUUCUCUCUUUGUAAUUAGGCCUUUAGACAGAUUUCUUUGACAAACUGAUGUAAAAAACGUCUCCGGUCAUAUUUUCGCCUUUCAAUGGCUUUCCUUAAACAUGUUCAGAGUUAACUGACCACUGCAGAGUGAAAAAGUCCCUCAAAAGCUGCCGUUAUAGAGAUGCUAUGACCAAUAGGCCCCACCUACGAUGUUGGAAAGCAGUCCAAACCUACAUAGUUGUAAAAAGCUCUCUCCAGGAAUUGUUUAAGCUUCUAAAAGCCAACUUUAAAGUCAAGGAAAAUAAAAGAAUAAUUCAAAAUGCCUUUAUUUCCAUUCAAUAGUCAAAGUUUUCUCAGGUUACAACCCUCUUAAAACAAUGUUAAACCAGUUCAGAAAGCAUUUGAAUUAGAUUUAUUUUUUCUGAACUACAUCUUUUGCAUUCAUAUAUUUGUCACUUAACCUGCAAAUCCCCACUCAGUUCUUGUUCUGCACAUCUUUUCAGAAUUGAAACUAAAAAGUCUCUUGGUUACUUUAGGGGUUAACAGUCACAGCUUUUGACGGAUGAAGCAAUUAUGAAAAGCAGAUGAGUAUAAACAGAUGGGUGUGUGGACGCCUGCCCUGUAUGAUUUACAACGGUGGGUCUGUCAAACUGUCAAACUUUUGGUUGUUUCAGCAUUAAUCUUAACACAUACACACACCAAACCAACCACAACAGACUGAUUCAGCAUUUCGUUUCUAUCACACUGGGAUUUCAUUUUUAUGGCCACUUUUAAUCCAAAAAGAAAGGCAAUCCCCAAUCGUCCAUCUUGCUUCAAAUACAGUCUGGAAUUAAAUAUAUGGAAGAAAACAGCCAUGGUUUGUAUCUGUUAUAUCUAAUUAUAGUGCACCUUGAAAUAUAGCAAACUCACAAACCUCAAAUAUCCCCAGCAGAUUAAAUCUGACCACAUUGAGAGUUUGACAGAGUUACAAACAAGCAGAAAAUAAGGCGAGGAACAGGGCUUAUUGGUAUAAAAAGGAGCUAUUGACACAAACGUUGAGUAUUGCUAGUGUAUUUUUGGCUUCUUUAAUAGAUUCGUACACAAAUAUCGACCAGAGAAAUCAUCUAGAUUAUCAAAGUUUAAUAGUUGAGUUUCCUUUUAUCCAGUUGUUUGAUUUAGCACCGAUAGGUCUUCACACAUUUCACAGAUUUUGAAUUUAGUUCCUCAAAGGAAAAAUAAAAGACUACUUUUUUUAGCAACCAUGAGGUCGUUUAGUUAUAGUGUCUGUCUUCACUUUAAAAAAGAAAAUAUUUUUUCCAAUAUUCCUGAAAUUUCUUGGAAGUUUCUUGCAAUAACUCUAAAGAUUGUUAGGGAGUGCUUGAGUAAUUUCCAAAAUGUAAGCGUCACCAUUUCCAAUAAUGCAAAAAGCUUUUCUCGGUCUUGUUAAACUGAUGAAUUUUGGUUUUUUUUUAAAAAGAGGAAAGGGCUUCUCUUAGAGUUAUCUGAUAAGGACAAAGUCAUGCUGUUGUACAGGAAUCAAACCGCUGGCCGACAUGCGUCAGAUUCCUUCCCAUUUCCAUCUUCCUCUCAGAUGUCAGGCAGCAGGAUAUGUGAAACAUCUUCUCUCAGCACAGGAAGCCAUAAAACAGAAUCUGACAGCGACAGAACCACCUUCAUCAUCACACAUUAAAAAAAUAGCUUACAGCAUAGAUUUUCUGACUCCACUGUGCUCACGUCCUUCAGAUGUCAAAACAGAUUUGAAAGCAGGUUUCUUAUUGCAGUUACCAAAGUACAAAAACUAAAGCCAGCAUGAAGACCAGCAGUAUCAUGCAUUUUAUAUCCAGUAAUAACACUUAAUAUGUGGUAUGUUUGCACUUUUAUAUUUGGGCUGUGAAUGGAGUUUACAAGGAUGUAUUGUUGUUUUGUUUUUGUAAUAUUUCAUUAAUAUCCAUGUAUCUGCUCUGUAUUUUUGUAUAAUCUGACAGGAAAGGCCUUAAUGAGUAGCCUUGGAGUCACUUAUUCAUCUUCAGCAGGCCAUAACUCACAGUUUAAAGUAGCAUCACACCUUCCUUUAGAAAUAAUACAACAAAAAAACGUAUAAGAGGUUGGAAAACUAGUUUUCUGUUUCCAUUGACUGUGAGAAAAUCAUGUGUUCUUAUAAAUGUUUGAUACUGACCUGCAGUAUCACAGCCAAGGAACAGCUUACCAGGUUUUGUUUUCAAUUUCAUUUUUAGGAGAUAUUUGAUGUUUAAUUCUUUCAAUUGGUUACAGACCAAAAGGAAGUAAAAUUCCAUUUUAAUGUUUUUUAUCACAAAACUGCUGUAUCAUGUCUUCUAGGUGAUUAAAAAAGGAGACUUUUUUAAGGUUAUCUAUUUGGAUGGAGUCUGCAACUUACCCACCAGGUGUCACUAAAGAAAAAACAUUAUACCUUCAUCUUCAUGGGAUUUUAAGUUUUAGUAACUAAACUAAUCACAGAUAUGAAGUGCAUUUUUACACCGUGAUGUGUAUUUUUCUUUUUUUUUAAAGGAAGUGUAAUACAUUCUUUGUAAAACCUUACAACUUAUAACUUCUUAUGAACAAACACAUUUGUAUGUACUGUUUUUUUUUUACAUUGUGCUGGUCAUAACACCUAUAAGAGCUGUGGAGUGCAUCAAAAUAAAUCAAGAUGAUUUAAAAUACUUUACCUUAAAGUCCGAAGAGCAUUUUACUCACUGUGCUGAUGACAUGAGCCACAAAAAUGCUGCAAUAUGCACGGCUGGAACUGUAAAAAAAGUAGGCUUGUUUAAACAGGUGAACUCAGUUAUGUCCGCUGACGUGUGGAGGUGAAUUUGAAACAGACACAUCGAGAAUGUCAACAGGUGAAGAAAAAGGGAGGAAGUGAACCUGGACGUGUGCGCUUGAGGGUGGGAGCUGCACACAUGAUCACAGAAGCGAAAGCAUGAGGGGCUGAGCUCUGAGUGACAGCUCUGGACAGUAAUCACACGACUGAACGUUUCCACAUGUGAAACGGAUGUAGAGCUGAUUGGCUGGAAAAUCACCUGAUCUCCGACACACAUGGCCCAGAGUCUGAGCAAAGACUAUGAAGUGGGUUUUAUUUUUAUAUUUUUCAUCCCGGCUUCUUUAAUCCAUCAAGAGGGUAAGACUCUGUUACUUUUUUAUUGUAUACAUCAAAGUUUGAAGGUAUGUGAGGAGAAUCCCUCAUG